AGGCGGCUCCCCACGGAGCAAGGAGCCAGAUACGGGACUGGAUCCCCCUGCCCCUGGGAUCAUGACCUGAGCCAAAGGCAGAUGCUUAACCAACCGAGUCACCCAGGGUCCCUGAGAUGCACAUUCUUGAAGCUUUUCACAUGUCCACAAUCUUUUUAUUAUAAAUUCUAAAACUGGAAACGCUGGGCCUAAUGUCCUACAUAUUUUAAAGGCUUUUGAUGCCCACUGCCAAUCUUCUGGACAGGUGAUUCCAAUGUGUAGUUCUAGCUGCAAUAAGGGACGUGGCUCCCCCCUACCCCCAUUAAGUCAUUAGAAGGAACAAAAUCUACCAAUUUGGGAUCGCCACAUGGAUUUGCACCGAAGAGUCCUUAAUUCCACCAUUCACUACCGACCACGGAGAAACGGCCCUUUUGCACGAGCAGGCGUUUGUGUAAUUCACUGCAACAUUGUAUGUAACACGGAAAAAGGAAAAUGAGCGAUACGUUCCCUAAGCGGGCAGUGGCUGAAUUAGCCGACACCUCCACACUGCGAACCGUCCUGCAAGUGUGACAGGGAAGGUAGGACUGGACUUUUCGCGCGGCUGCUUUCGGGAGCUUCUGCUUCGGGAUCUGCUUUUCCGACGUGCUCCGCCCGGGAACUCUGCGGCAGGCGGUCGGUCUGGACGAGCGGCGGAGGUCCGGGUUCGCGCCCUGGCCAGGCCCGGAGUGGCAACCCGAUGCUAGCCGAGGUGACGCCCCGGCCCGGCCCCGGGGUCCGCACCGGCCCGACCCCCACGAGCCCGCCGCCCUCCCUAGAGCUUUCCCGUACUGGCGCCGGGAAGCCGGACUCUUCGCGGUGGGGCACCUUGGGCGCGGGGACACGUUUCCGGGGGCCUCUCUCCGCCGCGCACCCAGCGGAAGUGGCCGUGUUGUGACGGAAGGAGAUGCUUUGUGGAGCUGCCGGCGCUGGAAGAAACGUGGCCGGCAAAGAUGAUCCAAGCGAUUCUGGUUUUCAACAACCACGGGAAGCCGCGGCUGGUCCGCUUCUACCAGCGUUUCAAGAAAUUCAACAGCAGAUUGUUCGAGAGACUUUCCAUCUAGUUCUCAAGCGAGAUGACAACAUCUGUAACUUCUUGGAAGGUGGAAGUUUGAUUGGUGGCUCUGACUACAAACUGAUUUAUCGGCACUAUGCUACACUCUACUUUGUGUUUUGUGUGGAUUCAUCAGAGAGUGAACUUGGAAUCUUGGACCUCAUCCAGGUUUUUGUGGAGACCCUGGAUAAGUGUUUUGAAAAUGUUUGUGAAUUGGAUUUGAUCUUCCAUAUGGAUAAGGUGCACUACAUCCUUCAGGAGGUGGUGAUGGGUGGGAUGGUGUUGGAAACCAACAUGAAUGAAAUCGUGGCUCAAAUUGAAGCUCAAAACAGGCUGGAGAAAUCCGAGGGUGGCCUUUCGGCAGCCCCUGCCCGGGCCGUGUCUGCUGUGAAAAACAUCAAUCUGCCGGAGAUUCCUCGGAACAUCAACAUUGGUGAUCUCAACAUCAAAGUCCCCAACCUGUCCCAGUUUGUCUGAGGGUCCACAGCUACUGAACUGCAGUCCUUGAAGCAAGCCAAGCCAAUCCUGCCACAGAGCCCACUCUGAGCCUUAGAAGGGUCGGGCCCCGGGCCCUGCCCUCUGCUGCCGUGGAGUCGGAGGUGGGGGGGCGUCCCAGGUUCACAUGUGCCGCCUGCCGGCCUCUGAUACAUGUGGCCAUUGCAGAUGUGGGGGGGCCCCCGGCUUCCUCUCUGGGGGUCCACGUGCCCGAGUCACUCAUACCUUUACCUCCCGCAUGUAGCCACUCCCAGGGACCGGGCACUGUCUGGAGGCCCACCUGCUUCCUAGAACCCACCACUAGGACAUUCUCUGACUAGUCUUCAUCCUUAGCACCACCAGGCCUCUGAGCAUUCACUCUUCUUCAUAGCAUUCACUCUUGCUGACAAGGUGCCAUAGCUAGAACAGGGCUGACCCUUCAGAGUAGGGUAUGUGGUGAGUGGCAAACAGGGACAGGGUUUGAUGAGAACCAGAGUUGCCCCCUGGCUCAGCUAGGCUUGUCAUGCCCAGAGUCCUAUUGUACAGGCAAGUUUUCUGGUUCCCACCGCCUGCGGAGUACGCUUCUCUCACUGCCACAGUCCUAGCUCUGUUCGCACGGGACACGAUCCAGAUCAUGAACCUGGUGCAUGCUGGUAGGGAGAGCACCCCCUUCCCCACAGCCAUUUCUCCAGCACAACCACAAGAUCCCUCAUCAAAGGGCAGAGGCCCCGUGUCUGUGGAAGGCAAAGCCGACAACAGGUGGAAUGUCUCAGAGUUACGGCUCUUCCCAGGUGUAAAUACAUUCUUCUCACGAGGAGCAGACGGGUCAGUUGCUGUGUUAUGAGUAAUUAGUUUUCUCCAUACAGGAAAGCCACUGCCGUCUGCACCCGCUUGUGGAACAGGAGAGCCUGAGCUGGGAUCACUGGUUCUAGAACUGGCACUGGGAAGGUUGGGGACACGGGAAGUGUGCUGGCCAAGACCGGUGGCAGCGCAGCGUCUUCUCCCUGGGGUGGGAGGAGUCCCUCCCUGAGCUCUGCUGAUAGGCCCGCGUUCUUCCCCCCCAGGUGACAUCCUCCCACAGCUGUCUUUCGAAAGCUGUAGAUUUUUAUGUGUGAUGAGAAUCUUUCUUUUUGUGGUUAACUUAGAGCUCAGACUGCACCUUAGAGUAGUGCCUCUUCCUGUACUGCCACAGGGGCCAGGUCUUGGGACCUUAAGGAGCUCACUGUGUCAUCACAGCAAAGUUUCCCAGCCUGGGGGUUUCUCAGGCCUGCUGGCCAGGGGCCCAGACUGUUCGCCCAAGUCUGCUGCUGCUGCUGCUGCUGCAGAGCCCGUCUGAGAUGGCGCCCGCAGGACCACCGUGCUUCUGUGCUUGGGGCCCACUGUUCGCCGCAGCCUCCUGUCCUCACUCUUUCAGGCCUUCGCUGAUAGCCUCAGAGAUGGGUGUGGUGAUCAGAAGGUAGGCCCUCUUCUGUCGGAAGAGGGAGAUGGAGGCCACUCUGAUGUCAUCGCUGAUAGCAUUCUUUGAAGGCUUUAAUUUUUUUUUAACAGACAUUUCAGCCAUUCACAUCCCUCUCUCACAUUCGCUGAAUGUGGAAUAAGAAAGGAGGAAGAAGGCUGACGUUUAUUUUGCACGUACUGUAAGGUGGUGUGAGCAAGAUCCUUCCACAGCUCUUACGACAGACAUUAUUGUCUCUGUUUUGCAGGUGAAGAAAGUAAGACUCAGAGAGGUCAAGUAACCUGCUUUUGGUCACACAGGGCUAAGAAUUGAGACUCUGCUUGCCUAAGUCCAAAGUCCAUUUUCUUUCACUGCUCAGUGGCUUCUUCUGAUUUUAUCCUCCUUGUUAUAGAUGAGGAAACCCAGUCCCAGAGAGGUUAGUAGCUUCUCAUAAACCCUAAUAAACCUGAGCCUGGUUUGCUCACGGGGCCGGUGAUAAUGUCGUAGAUGGCAAGAGCUGGAGGCCCCCCACGUGCUCUGUUGGACUGAUGAGGGAGCAGCAGCCCAGAGUGUUAAGUGUUGUUAUUGAGAGUCACAAAGCUAGAACCUAGCUGUUUUUCUUGAGUUUCUUUCUUUGUUUUGUGGUUUCAUAUAUUACUUCAGGACAGCUGGAUGUCCUGCAUUUCCCAGGACAACCUUCCAGUGUUCUUAGCUGCCAGAGACCAUUGGUUUCUGCUCUGUUCCCACAAACCACUGACUGGUCCCAUACACUCCCAGCCAGUCAGCAUCCCAAUCACAUCCCUCAAACUGCCUCAAAAAAUGGCUGAAAACUUCAGCCUGCUGUUUCAUUUGGAAAACUCCAUCCAUGUGGACAAACCACAAUAAUUGUUCAUUAACUACUUGAGGUUGCCUGCAAAUCCAGCUAGAUCUCUUGCCUGCUACCAGCAAAACCAUAAACUUUUUUUUUUAAUUAAAAGGAAAUUGUAUGCCUUUUUUGAAGAAGGAUACAGAUUCUGCUGCUUGAGAGACGUGAGUUAUGAAAAUAGGGACUGGGCCUAAAUUUGGGAGCCGCUGGCCCUGGACGGUUUACACUGAGGGUUUCCUGAAGUGGGACAGAAUGCUGGGUUUCCAGUGCCCACUGUCCCUAAUUAAAAUCUGAAAUUCUUCUGUUAUGCAGUUUCUAAGUGCCUGGUACGUGUCAGGCUCAGCUUCCUGAUCUUGUCUCUGCUGAAGACCUCUGAGUGCCCACACUGAGGGGCUGGCAGUCUGAAUUUGUAGUGACUUGAAUUGGUGACUGUGUUAUAUGGAAUAUUUAAAGGACAAGAACCCAUUUCCCCACCGCCAGCAGCCCCCAUCAUGCUCUUCUGGCCAUGCUCUAAGCAGCCUGUCUUAGUUCAACCUGCUGUAACAAGAGACCUUAGACUGGGCGGUUGAACAAACAUUCCUCACAGUUCUGCAGUCUGAUCAAGAUAUGGUGCCAGCAGAUUUGAUGUCUAGCAAGCACCUGCUUCCUGUUUCGUAGACUGCCGUCUUGCUACGUUCUCACGUGGCCAAAAGAGAGAGCUCUGGGUUCUUCAUCCCCUUAUAAGGAUGCCAGUCCCAUUAUGGGGCUUCACCCCCAUGACCUCAUCCAAAUCUAAUGACCUCCCAAAGGCCUCCCCCCAAAUACCAUCACGGUGAUUAGACUUCAAUAUUGGAAUCUGGGGGACACAGGCGUUCAUCCAUACAGGGCACCUAAUUACUUACCUUUCCUCUUGGCCUGGUCACAGCUGUGUGCUUGCGACAUUGAGGAUUAAGUUGGGAUAUCUUGAGUCUUCUCAGGACCCUGUUAUUCAGGCCUCUGCCCCUUAGAGAGCCAGCCCCUUCCCCUCCACCCCCACCUCCAUGGAACCACCCUAAUGAAGUGCUCUCUGGCCCCAGCUCCACCGGAAAACCAGGGGAGCAUGCUAGCUAAACCUGUCUUUUGGACCAGCCUUUUUUAUCUUUUUUUUCCAGAUUGAUGUAUAUAGAGGGAGCACAAGCUAGGGGAGGGACAGAGAGCAGGAGAGAGAAGCAGACUCCCUGCCCAGCAGGGAGCCCAACACGGGGCACGACAUCACAACCCAAGCUGAAUCCAAGAGUCGAACCCUCAAUUGAUUGAACCACCCAGGCACCCCUGGACCAGUCUCUAAGAGGGGGUUUCCUUAGUGUCGCCAUCUGUCUGUGGCUUUCCAAAUAGGAUGCAUCAGUGGUACCUGAAGGUAAAAACGAGUGAACGUGAUAGCCAGGAUGGAGAGCCCCUCAAGUAUGAGACAGACCCAGAGGCGUUGUCAGCCCAGCGGGCGCUCUGCUCUCCAGCUUCCCACGCCUUCUGCCUUGCCUCCCGGGGGUGCCGGUCUCACUGUGCGCACAGUUAGUCGAGUGCCCACGCACACCCGUGUGCCACCUGGCCCGUGCUCACAGGCUGCCAAGGGACUGUCCCCCUGCUCAAGACCUUGCCCUCUGAGCAGCACGGGAGGGCUCCCAUCUGCUGUGUUCUGGCAGCGGUCAGCAGGUAUGCAGACAGGUCUCCUUUAAGGAAAUAGUUCCAUGGAAAUGAUUAAUCUUUUCCAAAAGACUGCACAUUCUUUCCUAUAUCAGUGAAUUAGUGUUUUUAAAAGGAAAUAUAUUCAUGUAGUUCAAAAUUUAAGAUAACAGAAGGCUGUUCAGGCAGAUUCCCACCCUGUUCCCACAAACCGAGAAGCCCCCUACCUCUGACAGCAACAAGUCUUUCCAGUUUAAAGGAUUAAGAAAUAAAGUCCCUGGAUUUUUAUUACCAAAACUGAGAGUGUUCUCCUUCUGAAAGAGUUAUGUUCCUUUUGACUUUGGUGAUUGGCCUCAGCCUGUUGAAGCCAUUCCACCCUCUGGACAGAGGAGGAGCCUCUCAGACCACCCCACAUAAAGUCACUCCCUGCUUCUGCACCUCUGUCCCUGCUCUGCACCUUGUUUGUCCACGGCACUCUGGCGUUCUGUACAUUUGGAUUGUAGUUGCUGUCUGUCCCUCGCUAGGAUGUAUGCCUCCCCAGGAGGGCAGGGUUCGUCCCUCGUUUGGUGCUGUGUGGACGUGGCCUGGUGUAUACUGCUCAGUCAGGAACUGUUGAGUGAGUGAUGGUUGAGGCAAACAGCAGUUCCUUCUUAGGAGAACGCAUAGCUUGUGCUCUCCGGGGCCGUGUGCUCAGUCCGUUGGGAAGGAGAGCCAGGACAAUGGCCCUGGGAGCAGCAGGAAGGGAGGGGCCAGGUGAUGGCCUGUGGACACUGAGGGAGAGGAGAAAGGCAAAGCUGAUGACCGAGGAACCCAAGUGACGGGAGGACCAGCGAGAGUGUUACCUGAGAGAGGAGAAGGUGUUUUGGGAGUAAGAGAGACCCAGGAGUUUGGAUGUGGACACGUUAGAUUGGAGUUGCCCGAGACUAGCUGGGGCAGAUGUCCACCAGCCAGCUGGGAGCCUAGGAGUGGGCAGGAGAGGAGACGAGUUGAAGCUGUGGGGGCAAGCAGUGUGGCUGAGAGAUGGUGGGAAGGGUGAGGACACAGCCUGUGGGCAGGGGAAGGGAGAGGAGACAGUGGAGCAACUUCACGACAAGGGAGGGGCCUUCGGUGGGAGAGGUCAAGGGGCUAGGGACUAAGAAGACAUGGCCUCUAAGCUCGCAGUAGUCCCUAAGUGAGGCAACACAACUAGGGAACUUGAAGGGUGGUUCUAGCCAAGUGGCAAGGCGGUCAUGUAGGAGUGUGGGUCACAGCCCCGCUCUGGGACACACAGAGCUUGCCAAAGGUCAGCAUCCUCAGCCAGAAAAGCAAGAACCAGGUACUCCUGCCUCAGGAGGCUGUGAGGGUUAACUGAGAACGGCUGUAGACCAUGGAGGGCCCCCUAAGCUCUGGCUGCUGUCAUCAUGGGAUGUUUUGCAGGGGGAGUGGCAGAAGAUGCAGGAAGCCAGGAGGUUUGGUCGUGCUGGGAGGGAAGAUUACAGAAGGCAGGAGGGGAGCCAAGAUGGUCCUCCCAAGACAGGCUGCUGCCCUGGCCCCACCAGGGAGACCAGGCUUGUAUCCAGAGGCCACCACUGGAUAAAGCGGUGGUAGAGUGGCGGAGGCUCUGGAAAGCAAAGCUUUUCUUACAAUGAGGAGCAAACUUCUCGGAUCGGUAGGACGUGAAGUGUGGGAGACACAGCCUGGAAUUCCCUCCCUUCUGGUCAGCAGGGAAGGUUGAGAGGUGCCACAGGCACAGUGGAAGGAGUCUGUGUUUGCCCAAGGCUGGCAUGAGGCCUCUGGCCAAGCAGGCCUGGCUGCUUCCCAUGAGAAUUGGGAUCUUUGGGCUUUCACUAGAGCAAAUCUUAUAUUGUUGUUCAACUCUGACAUCAGCCUAGCCACCGAGAGGGGGACGGGGAUGCCCUCCCCUGCCUCGUAGGAUUUGGCCACAGCUCUAAGAGGGCAGGUUGAAGGUUGUCUUCUGCAUUGCUGAGAAUGAGUGCCCUUUGCAAACUCCUGACAUAAAGGCACAGCCAAAAUGACACAAAGGAAGAACAGGUCAAUUUCUCAAAGACUGGGGUCCACUGGUCCUCCAGAUUGAGCUGAUCCUCAAAAUAUUUACCCACCAGCAUGGCUCAGGCACUGCCCAAUUAGAGUGGAGGUACCAGACAGGAGUGGGGGUGUUCCUGGUGGUCCAUGUUGGUCUGCCCCCAAGAAGGACCUUGCUUCUCCAGAGGCAACAGAAAAGAACCCAGAAGGCAGCCACUCCUUUAUCAGCCUGGGUGCAGCCAAGAUAAGACCCCGUGUUGCCUGUGUGGCUUGGUGAGUCAGUCUGCCACCUCCAACAUGGGGCAAUGCCACAGGAGGAGGCCUCCUACACCCCAUCUCUGGACCCUCACAAGCCUGCAGUGAAGCUGGAGGUGAAGAGGCAGCCACAAACCCAGGGCAUGCCCCACGGCCAGAAACCACUACUUUUGCCCUGGGCGGACUGGGCAUGAAGCUUUCUUCCAGCCUCUUGGUUCCGAGUACUGGGCCCUGAAUGCCCUUCCUUUGACUGCUCCCCAAGCCUCCGGGUAGCCCCCAGUGGCCGCAGGCCACGUGACCUCGCUCUGGCAGCCUGGCAUGAGGUAGCUCCAAGCCAAAGAUGGCGACACGUAUAGCCUGGGAAGUAAUCCUUCCUUGCUAGGGAAACUGAGGCAAGCUAAGAUUUGAGCUUAGCCAGCUUUCCUGGAACUUCCUUUGUGUGCCUGGGAGGUAUGGGUAGACCUGCUUCCCCGGCACCCAUCCCCUGGGAGGACGCUCCCACUCAGAUGCUAGGCUGGGCGCUUCGGGGCGUUUUCUGCUGAAGUUCCCCUCCUGAAUUUCCCAGCCUCUAACUGAGUCCUCUCCAGCAGCCAGGCCCUCCUGGGCCCUGGGAAGUGCCGACCAACCUGUCAGCUGUUUAAAGUGCAUGACGAUGUUACACAUUGGAAGGAAAUCCCAAGGUGCAAAGUCUGUGGCAAACAGGCAGGCGCUACAGUGAUGCUGCUGAGCCUCGAGCAGCACCUGGCUCAGGUUGACGGCGGGGUGGGGGGGGGCUCCCUGUCAGGCCCACCUGGGCUGCAGGGCUCGGGGUCAUAACUCCCAUCAACGGCCUCACUCCCAGCCCCCAACCCUGCUCUGCUGAGCUGCUCUGGGCUCCUGUGGCUGCAGAGUGGCCACGGACCCAAGGCUGGGCUGGGCUCCCCUGGCCUCCCAGUGACCUCUAGCUCCCAUGUGUCCUCAGAGGUGGUGCCUGUGUUCUGAGCCUGCAGUCCCCAGCCUUGUCCCCGGUUGAAGCCUCAGGCAGCCCAGCAGCCCCUAUGUUCUCCCCUUCAGAGCCCCCAGCGUUAAGCCCCCUCCCUGGGAGCCCAUUGCCCAGCAGUCACAGCUGUCUGAUGACCAACCGACUGUCUUGGUCAGCCUCACUUCCCCCUACCCUCAUCCCCUGCCUAGACACCAUCGCAGCCCCUCAAAUGUUGCUCUAGCCCCUUCUUUGCCUCCUCAUGGCCCAUUUGAUCACCCAGCAGCCAGACUGAACCUUCUGAAGCCUUCAUCAGACCGCAGCACAGCCCUGCGAACUGUAAAACCUUCCGAAGGCUUCCCACUAGCCUCGGAACAAAACACAAGACCCUGCCUGGCUGACCCCUGCCUGUCUUUCUGUCCUCCUCUCCUGCCACCCCAUCUGACUUCCCUGCUCCAACCACACUGGCCUUCAUGGUUCCAUGACCAGGCCGGGCUCACUGCCGCCGUCGGGCCUUCACCCUCGCUUUCCCGUGGCCGGUCUUCUGGUCUCCCUCACUUCGGGAGAGCCUCUGCUCAAAUGUCUUCAGAAGCCCUCCCUGUCCUGCCUGCCCUUCCAGUCACUCCCUCUGCCUCGUGCUGCUCUGUCCUUCAAGGCACCCGUCCCCUGACAUGAUAGCAUGUGCAGUGUUGACUCUACUUUUCUCACUGUGUGUCUGCUGUUGUGCUGGGCCCAGCACAGUGCCUGGCCCCGUUAGCUGUCAGUCAGUAAAUGAUGCUUGCUGCUCAAAUGCACGUUCUCGUUCCCCUCUGUGGGCUGAAGCUCACUUCAGGCUUCAGGGCAGGAAGCUCGGUGGGGUGGGAGUCACGGGGCCUGACUCUGUGAUUCGUUGUGUGACCCUGAGUGAGUCACUUAGCUGCCUGUUUCGAGUUGAAGGAACAGUGUAUGAGACAUAUGGACAGAAAGCCCUAAAUGGAGUAGAAACGUGGUUUGAGUCCUGGCUCCAGCCGGUCAGCUGUGUGACCUUGGGCAACAUACUUAACCUCUCGUGUGCUUCUGUUUCCUCACCUGUGAAAAGGGAAUUAAAUAGCUCCCUUAAAUCAGUUGGGGUUCUUGGUUGCAAACAAUAGAACCAACCCAGAAGCUUCCUAACGAGCUAUGGGGAAGCUCUCACAGGCUCAAAAAGGUGUAAAGCCCAAAACCAAGCUGACCAGGACACAAGGGAAAAAAAGUCCUCCGGAACACAUUACUGACACUGCCAACCCUGAACCCCAGGGCUGCAGACCCUGCCGCUUUCCUUGAAGACACGAACUCCUAGGCAGGUGCCUCUGAUUGGUGAAGCUCUGAGGCUGGGACCGGAAGUCGAGGAGGCUGGCCCCAGCAUCACACAGCAGGGAGCUUGCCGAGCGAGGUGGAGACAGCUGUCGACCACAUCGCGUGCCAUGGGCUGUUGUGCAGAUGAAGACUUAAUGCAGAACUCUCCUUUACAGCUGGUGGGAGACUGGUGGAAUCCACUGGAGUUAACAUGCUUAUCCUAUGACUCCGUGGUGCCAAAUGGGUGCACGUGUCCAACCAAAAGAUGUGGACAAAAAUGUUAACAGCACUGUGCAUAAUCGCCAAGAAUCAGGAACAACCGAAUGCCCAUCUAAGCGUUAAGUGUGAAUACAUACGUACCCUGGAAUGCUGCUCACCCGUGAGAAAGAGCCGACGACAGCUACGUGCGACAUCAUGGAUAAAUCUAGCAAACAGAACGCCAGGCAUAAGAAGCCAGACACAAAACAAUGUAGAUUGUGGGAUUUCAUUAAUUUGCACUGCAAACACAGGCAAUGGUAUUAGAAGCUGGGAUAUCGGGUAUCCUUCUGGAAGGCUAGAGACGGGGACAGGAGCGGGGCUCCUGGGGUGCUGGGCAUGCUCGCUUUUGAUCUGGGUGCUUGUUUUGCUUGUGUGUUCCCCUUCAUGCAUCUUCAUUAUUCUUCACUUAUGAUUUCAUAUUUUUCUCUAGGUUUGUUAAACUUCAAUAAAAAAUAACAUGAAUAUGAGAAAGAAAAAAAAAAGAAUUAAUCCAUGGGAAGCCCUUGGGAUAGUGUCUGGCCCAUGGAAUGAGCUGAAUAAAUGUUAGGUUGCUGUC